AUGUCGCUCAACACUUCCUUCCGCCGUGCUACAUCCGGCACUGGUCCGUCGACAACUUUAUCCAGGACCAUACUAAAAUCCUCACCCACCUCCUCAACAUCAACUCCAUCAACAUACAUCUGCAACCAAUGCCGACAUGCAAGUCUCUUACGUCGCCCCAAACGACCAUACACUUUCACUCAACUCGUCGCUCUAUCAGACGGCAGUACAUUCAUUCACCGCACCACCUCACCCACGCCCGUCUACCGCUCAACCCGCGACACGCGCAAUUCUCUCCUCUGGAACCCAACUAGUAAGAAACUUCUAACCGUCGAAGACGACGAGGCAGGACGACUAGCGGCUUUCCGUGCCAAAUUCGGUAGAAGUUUUGAUCUUGCCAGUACCGCUGCAGAGGAAGUUGCUGCUGCUGUUGGACCAACAGCGGCCCAGAAGCAGACAAGCCAGAAAUCAGAUUUGGAGCAAAAGCAGGAAGCGGAGAAGAUGGAUGCUGCGGCUGAAAAGGCUUUGGCGCAGGAGGAGGCGGAUUUGCAGGAAGAGGAGGAUAAUUUGUUGGAUUUGAUUAGUUCGUUUGGCCAGCAGCAGGAUAAUACUGGGAAGAAGAAAUAG